CCUCGGACCCAGAGGGGUGGUCCUGUACUGGCCCCGGGCCGGGCGCGCGGCAGGACGCGGGGCCUGGAGCGCUGCCCGAGAGCCGGUGCUGUACCGCUAGGAACGGGCGUAUUGAAAAAAAGAAGAGGUUCCCCACGAUCUGAUCAAACAGUGGCAAAUAUCCGGGAUUCUAUUGCAGUAUCGGAUUAGGAAUAAUAAUGUAUUUGUGGCCUUGGACGUGAAGCAGUCUUCUGUUGCUGUUAACUAGCGUCAGGGACUGAUGUGGGAAGCAUGGACCUGAUGAACGGGCAGGCAAGCAGUGUUAAUAUUGCUGCUACUGCUUCUGAGAAAAGUAGCAGUUCUGAGUCAUUAAGUGACAAAGGUUCUGAAUUGAAGAAAAGCUUUGAUGCUGUGGUAUUUGAUGUCCUUAAGGUUACACCAGAAGAAUAUGCGGGUCAGAUAACACUAAUGGAUGUUCCAGUAUUUAAAGCCAUUCAACCAGAUGAGCUUUCAAGUUGUGGAUGGAAUAAAAAAGAAAAAUACAGUUCUGCACCAAAUGCAGUUGCCUUUACAAGAAGAUUUAAUCAUGUAAGCUUUUGGGUUGUUAGAGAGAUUCUUCAUGCUCAAACAUUAAAAAUUAGAGCAGAAGUUUUGAGCCACUAUAUUAAAACUGCUAAGAAACUAUACGAGCUGAAUAACCUUCAUGCACUUAUGGCAGUGGUUUCCGGCUUACAGAGUGCCCCAAUUUUCAGGCUGACUAAAACAUGGGCGUUAUUAAGUCGAAAAGACAAAACUACCUUUGAAAAAUUAGAAUAUGUAAUGAGUAAAGAAGAUAACUACAAAAGACUCAGAGACUAUAUAAGUAGCUUAAAGAUGACACCUUGCAUUCCCUAUUUAGGUAUCUACCUGUCAGAUUUAACAUACAUUGAUUCAGCAUACCCAUCAACUGGCAGCAUUCUAGAAAAUGAGCAAAGAUCAAAUUUGAUGAAUAACAUUCUUAGAAUAAUUUCUGAUUUACAGCAGUCCUGUGAAUAUGAUAUCCCCAUGUUGCCUCACGUCCAAAAAUACCUGAACUCCGUUCAGUAUAUAGAAGAACUACAAAAGUUUGUGGAAGAUGAUAAUUACAAGCUUUCAUUAAAGAUAGAACCAGGGACAAGCACACCACGUUCUGCUGCUUCCAGGGAAGAUUUAGUAGGUCCUGAAGUAGGAGCAUCUCCACAAAGUGCAAGAAAAAGUGUGGCAGCUGAAGGAGCCUUGCUACCACAGACACCACCAUCCCCUCGGAACCUGAUUCCACAUGGACAUAGGAAGUGCCAUAGCUUGGGUUAUAAUUUCAUUCAUAAAAUGAACACAGCAGAGUUUAAGAGUGCAACGUUCCCAAAUGCAGGGCCAAGACAUCUAUUAGAUGAUAGCGUCAUGGAGCCCCAUGCACCAUCUCGAGGCCAAGCUGAAAGCUCUACUCUUUCUAGUGGAAUAUCAAUAGGUAGCAGUGAUGGCUCUGAACUAAGUGAAGAGACUUCAUGGCCUGCUUUUGAAAGGAACAGAUUAUACCAUUCUCUCGGCCCGGUGACAAGAGUGGCACGAAAUGGCUAUCGAAGCCACAUGAAGGCCAGCAGUUCUGCAGAAUCAGAAGAUUUGGCAGUACAUUUAUAUCCAGGAGCUGUUACUAUUCAAGGUGUUCUCAGGAGAAAAACUUUGUUAAAAGAAGGCAAAAAGCCUACAGUAGCAUCUUGGACGAAAUAUUGGGCAGCUUUGUGUGGGACGCAACUUUUCUACUAUGCUGCCAAAUCUCUAAAGGCUACAGAAAGAAAACAUUUCAAAUCAACAUCAAAUAAGAACGUUUCUGUAGUAGGAUGGAUGGUGAUGAUGGCUGAUGACCCGGAACAUCCGGAUCUCUUCUUGCUGACUGACUCUGAGAAAGGAAAUUCAUACAAGUUUCAAGCUGGCAAUAGGAUGAAUGCAAUGCUGUGGUUUAAGCACUUGAGUGCAGCCUGCCAAAGUAACAAACAACAGGUUCCUACAAACUUGAUGACUUUUGAGUAAAAGCCUGAUAAAAAAACAACGUGAACUGUUAUCUUAAGUGAAAGCAAGGACCUGAUGAAAGAGCGCCAGCUAUAAACCAAUCCUGUGCCAGGAAGAGAGCCCAGAGGUUCUAUCUCAGCUUCUGGAGUUCUGAACCAAAAAAGCACUAAUUUCAGGGAAUGAAGUGAGAUAUUCCCAGAGAACAAAUUGGAGUUGCAAAACAAACUGCCAUGGACCAUGCUUCUUAUCUCUGAACUGACCUGUGGAAACCACUGCC